AUGACCGACCCGACCAAGUACAAGUUCAAUCACAGCAUGCUGAGGGUCAAGGACCCGAAAGCAAGUGAGUAGGAGCUGGUUGGAGCAAGAGGAUAUCAAUGUACUUACAUGUGAUUGCUAUGCAGGUGUGAAGUUCUAUGAGCAUCUGGGCAUGAGCCUCAUCAACAAGGUCCAGAAUCCGGACAACAAGUUCGAUCUUUACUUCCUGGCGUAUGAUUCUCCAAAGGCUGCUUCGGCUGGAAAGCACUGGACGGAUCGGGAGGGAAUCAUUGAGGUAGGAUACAAACGCGAUGGGAGCUAUCUAUCGUGUCCGAGGCAUUGGCUGAUUUCUGGACUAGCUCACACACAACUACGGCACUGAGAACGAUCCCAACUACAAGGUUGCGAACGGAAACAAGGACCAUGGAAAGGGCUUCGGUCAUGUCUGUGUCAGUGUGGACAACAUCCAAGUGAGUGAAGGGCAUUGCUUCAUAUUUGAAUUACCUGCUUACCUUUCAUCAACGUAGGCAGCGUGCAAGCGCUUGGAAGACGCCGGCUACAAAUUCCAGAAGAGACUGAAAGACGGCCGCAUGCACCACAUCGCCUUCGCCCUCGACCCGGACGAGUACUGGGUCGAAAUCAUCGCGCAAAACCCGGUCGACAAAACCGAGGACGUCACAACCACCGACCUCCAAACCUACCGAAUGAACCACACCAUGAUCCGCGUCAAGGACAAGGACGUCUCGAUCAAAUUCUACGAAGACGUCAUGGGCAUGAAUCUCAAGCGAACUUCCGAGAACACCAGUGCCGGCUUCACCCUGUACUUCCUGGGCUACGGUCCCAAGCCUUCGCCCGACGAUUCAGCGAAUGGCGUCAACCCGACCGCGGACCGGGAGGGACUCCUCGAGCUCACUUGGAACUACGGGACUGAAAAGCAAGAAGGAAAAGUCUACCAUGAUGGCAACUCGGAUCCGCAAGGUUUCGGACAUAUUUGCGUUUCCGUGGAUGACUUGGAGGCGGCAUGCAAGCGUUUCGAGGAGAAGGGAGUGCAGUGGAAGAAGCGGUUGACAGAUGGGAGGAUGAAGAAGUAAGUUUCCCUACCAACAUUCACUUGGCAUGAGAAUGGAAGACUAAUUGCUCGUCUAGCAUUGCCUUUGUCCUGGACCCUGACGGAUACUGGAUUGAAGUCGUCCAGAACGGCGCCUACAAGCCGAGCGACAUCUAA